AUGUCUUUCGGCAAGCUCUACACGUAUCCUAAAGCGCCUCGAUCUACAAUGGUGCUCUUCGUUGCCAAGUAUAAUAAACUCGACGUCGAAAUUUGCAACGCAUUCCCGAUCAAAGUAUACCCGGAAAAGGGCGGCGUCGGUGAAGAAUAUCUCUCCAAGUUCCACACUGGGAAAGUUCCCGCGCUGGAGACCGCCGAUGGCUUUGCUGUCUACGAAAGCAACGCAGUUGCAUGGUUUCUAGCAAAGCAGGAUCCAAACACAAAGCUUUGUGGAUCCGGAUUGAAGGAGGAGACAACUGUCCUUCGGUGGGCGUCAUUCACGAACUAUGAGCUCCUGCCACCCAUUAUGGCAUGGAUAGGACCCAUAAUCGGACGGGCUCCUAGCAGUCCUGAGAUUCUCCAGACUUGUGAGGAGGGCUGUGAAUUGACCAUUCGUGCCAUCGAGAGGGAGAUGACAGGGAAGAAUUAUCUCGUUGGAGACACGUUGACGCUUGCCGACUUAUUCGUCGUUUCUGGUCUCGCAAGAGGCUACCAAUAUGUCUUUACCAAGAGCUGGGCCGAGAAGCACCCUGUGGUACAUGAGUAUUACAUGCGCAUCCGGAAUGACAAAGAUGGAAUUUUUGAUAGCAUUCUUGGACCUAAUGUCAUUCGUGACGAGCCUGGUGGUACUUACCCUGACUAUGAUGGCUUGUAA